UCGGUUGCUAGGGAGCGGCGUGGAGGUCGUCGGGGGACUGCAGCGGCUGCGCAGAGGAGCGAGGUGCCUGCAGGGGCCGGGGCUGCGCAGCGACGCCGGGGGCUGGGGGAGCGGCACGCAGCGCCUGCAGUUCCCAGCCGGGAGGCGUCGUCGCCAUUGCGGCCUCGCGGGGUGGCCUCGUCUGCUCUCCGAGCAGGGCCCCAGCGACCGCCGGCACCAUGGGCCAGUGCGGCAUCACCUCCUCCAAGACCGUGCUGGUGUUUCUUAACCUCAUCUUCUGGGGGGCGGCUGGCAUUUUGUGCUACGUGGGUGCCUACGUCUUCAUCAUCUAUGACGACUAUGACCACUUCUUUGAAGACGUGUACACUCUCAUCCCAGCUGUAGUGAUCAUAGCGGUUGGAGCGCUGCUUUUCAUUAUUGGGCUAAUCGGCUGCUGUGCCACAAUCCGGGAAAGCCGGUGUGGACUGGCCACGUUUGUCAUCAUCCUACUCCUGGUUUUUGUCACAGAAGUUAUUGUAGUGGUUUUGGGAUACGUUUACAGAGCAAAGGUGGAGGAUGAGGUGGACCGCAGCAUUCAGAAAGUAUAUAAGACCUACAACGGAACCAACCCUGACGCUGCGAGCCGGGCUAUUGAUUCUGUACAGAGACAGCUGCAUUGUUGUGGAAUUCACAAUUACUCAGACUGGGAAAAUACAGACUGGUUCAAAGAAACCAAAAACCAGAGCGUCCCUCUCAGCUGCUGCCGAGAGACAGCCAGCAGCUGUAACGGCAGCCUGGCCCACCCCUCCAACCUCUAUGCUGAGGGAUGUGAGGCUCUGGUUGUGAAGAAGCUACAAGAAAUCAUGAUGCAUGUUAUCUGGGCGGCGUUGGCAUUUGCAGCUAUUCAGCUGCUGGGGGUGCUGUGUGCAUGCAUCGUGCUGUGCAGGAGGACCAGAGACCCUGCUUAUGAGCUGCUCAUCAGUGGCGGAGCGUACGCAUAG